GUUCAUGAUUGAGCAAAGUUUGCUGGAGAUCAGCAGACUGAGCGAAAGCUUCCGAGAGUCUGCAGACAGCAGCAUUGAGCUCACUUCAAAAAACAAACUGAAGAUUUUCUCAGCUAUAAAAGAAGGUGAGUCCGCCUGCAGCACUGAAGGGUUUCUGUCUUCUCAGAUGAAAAUCCAGAGGAGAUCAAAGCCUCAGUUCAGACAUUUAUUUCAAUGAAAGGAGGAUUUACUGAUGUGUGAAGAUCUGGGGUGAAGAGAAAGGUCUGAUCUUCUUCUCAAAUCUUCAUGUGAGGACGUUUUUCCGUUGUGAUCUCCUGAUUACCUCCAGACUUUUGAGGAUAAUCUCCAAAGAUCCCAAGUCGAUGGUGAAGUUGUGAAGCUCUGCAGGAAAGAUCAGAACUUUAGUUUCUGAGAAACUGAAGAUGAUUUUUUUUCUCAGGGUAGAACUGUGCAUCAUCAGCAUAGCAAUGGUGGUAAAAAACUGACAUGUGGAGGUACAAACCCAGAAAAGAAGGGAGGCUGGGACAACAGCCUGAGGAACUCCUGUGACCCGAUUCCCUCUGAAACUGUUUGAGAGAUUCCUCUGACAGAAUUUUAGCCAUUUGAGCCAAAAGUCAGCUCACCAGGAGGAAAGUAUUCCAGCCAGCGAGGCCAAGUGGACCACCAUGCGGUUUCAAAGUUGGCAGAAAAUGUGGGCCCCAGAUGGGUUUGUCUGCAGUUUCCAUGGUGGCCCCACCUGGGUUUGCCCUCAUUGGCUUAAAUUGGCACUCAGUGGGCUGGCUAGCACUGCUAAUGUGGGGCAUGUUUUGCAUUUUAUGUGGAACCUGUGAUCAGUUAUCCCUUUCUAUCAUCUGCUGAGGUUCCUGAAGGUUCUUGGACGGAAGAAUGUUGUAGAAGAAGAAGAUAGAAUUUCUUCAUAUUUUUAUCGAUGGUUAGAUGUUUUUUUGGAUGACUAAUGGAUUCAUGAGUUCUUCACCAGGUAAUGAGACGCUGCUGAAGGGUCUGUGCGUCAAACACAGAGACUGGUUCCUGCAGACAGACAGCAGAGGCUGGACUCCCCUCCACGAAGCUGCGGCGCAGACCAACCAGGCCGUCCUGGAGCUCACAUGCAGAGCUUCAGGACCCGACUGUCUGGAGCGCCGCUCCCCUCGUGGCCAAACGGCGCUCUGUGUGGCGGUGGAGGCAGGCCUGGUGGAAAAUGCCGCCUUUCUCCUACGACAGGGAGCCAAGCCGGACUGCCUGGACCAGGACCAGGACCAGGACUCCCCGCUGUUCACAGGUGGGUUCACCCACCCAACCUCUGACUGUGGGAGAAGAUGGACAAGCGGUGUGGCCAGCCGUCCGUUCGGGCCGCGCUGACCUGGUGAAGCUGCUGGUCUCUCAGGGAUCCGGCGUGAACCUGGAGGGCUGUCACGGCCGCCGCCCCCUCCACGAGGCCGCAAAGCUGGGGGACCUGGGCCUGGUGAGGCUGCUGCUGGAGGCCGGGGCGCAGCCGGACCCUCGCAGCCACUACGGCCUGACGCCGCUGGCUCUGGCUGCACAGGGGGGGCACCGGGAGGUGGUGGAGGCUCUCCUGCUGAAAGGUGCAGACGUCUUCGCUCAGGCCAAAGACGAAUCCUCCAUCCUCUAUGAAGCCUCCUCUUCAGGGGAUCCAGGCGUCAUCCGUCUGCUGCUGGAUCACGGCGCCGACGCCAACGUCCCCAUUCACUCGGGGCACAUGCCCAUCCACCGGGUCUCACACAGAGGUCACCUGCAGGCGCUGAGGAUGCUGAUUCCCGUCACCUCCAUGGCAGACGUGAGCGACAGCGGCAUCAGCCCCCUCCACUCGGCUGCGGCGGGAGGACACGCCGACUGCAUCAAGGCCCUGCUGGACGCUGGAUACGACCCCAACUACAUGCUCCAUCCCCAGAUCCGCUCUAGCUAUGACGACGAGAGGAAGUCCGCUCUCUUCUUUGCCGUGUCAAACAACGACAUGGAGUCGGUGAAGCUGCUGCUGGAGGCGGGGGCCAUGCCCAACCAGGACCCCGUCAAGUGUCUGCAGGUUGCUCUGCGUCUGGGAAACUAUGACCUCAUCAAAAUGUUGUUGUCUUAUGGCGCCAACGUCAACUACUUCUGCAGAGUGAAUGCGACGCAUUUCCCUUCGGCGCUGCUGUACGCCAUCAAAGACGAGGUGAUGCUGAGGAUGCUGUGUAACUAUGGUUAUGAUGUAGAGCGCUGCUUUGACUGUCCCUAUGGCGACGCCUCCCACAUCCCAGAGGACUACGAGGGAUGGUCCAGCCCUGUGAUUAAAGACACCAUGUUCUGCGAGGUGAUCACCGUCUACUGGCUGAAGGACCUGUCGGGUCACGUGGUGCGCAUCCUCCUGGAUUACGUGGAUCACGUGACCCUGUGCUCCAAAAUGAAGGCGGUUCUGUCGGAGCAGGGGGAGUGGCCUGACAUCUGCAAACUACAAGAGAACCCGCGCGCGCUGCAGCAUCUCUGCCGCCUGCAGAUCCGCAGGCGCCUCGGCCGGCUGCGCCUGCGCUCCUCCACCUUCAUGAGCUUCUUGCCGCUGCCGCAGCGCCUGAAGGACUACAUCCUGUACCGGGAGUACGAGGCCGGGGCCCGGACGAGGAGCACGCUGGGCUGAGGGGCCCGCGGAGCCCAGACCCCCCCUGAAGUUCUGGAGAACAUCUUUAGUCACGUUGAUGUUUAAACUGUACAGUGGUCGACCUCCGGUUAGAAGACUGCAGGUUCAAUUUCCACGGAGCCCACCCAUAUGCCCAAGUGACAUAAGGGUGGGCAGCGUGCCUCUGGUGGAAAAGUGGUGCCAGAGUUUGGCAGCGGGGGGGCCAUCAACGUGUGAAUGUGUCUAUGAAGACUCUCAUUCAUCCAGGUUAAUUCCAUCAUAGUAGUAGGUUUAGGGGCUGUCAUCUGGACUUGAUUUUAAAGUUGAAGACGUUUCACCUCUUAUCCCAGAGGCUUUGUCCAUUCUGAAGUAGCUGGUAAAAGAGCUGGUAUAUAUGCGCUCAUGGGGGAGGAGUCAGACCUGAAACUGGAUGGUGUUGUCAACUACAUGGUUUCAGGUCGUUAAGAGUCCUUUGUCCUCAGAUGGGGGCCGGGGAGCCAGUGACUCCCUCCAGCUCUAUUACCAGCUAUUUCAGAAUGGACAAAACCUCUGGGAUAAGAGGUGAAACGUCUUCAACUUGUGUGUGUGAAUGUGUAAAUGUGUGUUACUGUGUGUGUGUGUGUUACUGUGUGUGUGUGUGUGGGUGUGUGUGUGUUACGGUGUGUGUGUGUGUGAAUGUGUAAAAGUGGGUUACUGUGUGUGUGUUACGGUGUGUGUGUGAAGUUGUGUUACUGUGUGUGUGUGAGGCGUGUUCACGGUGAGGCCUCCUUUAUUGGUCGCCUGAUUGUUGCGGUCUCUGACCAAUGACAGGCUGCACAUCACCUCCAUGCACUUUGGAGCAGGUUAGGGUGAAGCACCUUCUCUGCAGAAGAGCUGAGGCUCAGCCUGACCUCAACACGUUUAGACCAAACUCUAGAGAGACACUUGACAGAAAGAAGAUCCACCCAGGAAGCAGGAAGCAGGAAGUAGGAAGCAGGAACGGUCUGGAAGAAGACAGGAAAUCCACAGACCAAGAAUGGAAGGAGUCAGACGUUUUCAUGAACGGCUUCCUCUGUGAAAUGAACUUUCUCAUCUGUCAAAGUCUGAAAUGAGGAGAACAUUAAUCGGAUGUUCAUCCGGUGUAUUCCAUUACAAAAAAACCUUAAAAAUAUCAAAGGAGGCUUUCUUUGUCACAGACAGUAAAGAAGACUCUUUUUGAAGUCCAGGACUUCAAACCAACACAGAAACACUGAUGAACACGGAAGAACAAAUCAGAGAAAAACAUGAGCUGCUGUUGGUUGAUCCGCUCCACGCGGAGCCACAAAGCUUCAGGGCGUCUCUGAACCUUUCCUAUUCAUUCUCUGAGCUGGUUCUUCGUGGAAGCGUAUCUGUGUCAUGAUUCAAGAUAAAAGUCAACUUUUCACAAUAAAGCUGCAGAUCAAAAAGAAAAAUCAA